AUGGCGUCAAUUCCUUACUUUUCUAUUGUUGGAAGUUUGAUGUAUGCUCAAACUUGCACAAGACUGGAUAUUAGUUUUGCGGUCGGAAUGCUGGGAAGAUAUCAGAGUAAUCCAGGAAUUGAUCAUUGGAAAGCUGCAAAGAAAGUUUUGAGGUACCUAAAAGGAACGAAGGAUUACAUGCUCACGUAUAGGAGAUCCAACAGUUUGGAAGUUAUUGGAUACUCGGAUUCAGAUCAUGGUGGAUGUGUUGACACUAGAAAGUCCACUUUUGGUUACUUGUUCCUAUUAGAUGAAGGAGCAAUAUCGUGGAAGAGUGCUAAGCAAUCCGUCAUUGCUACAUCCACAAUGGAAGCAUAA